AUGAGCAGGAGUAAAGAAGGAGGGAAAGGACUUGCCAAAGAACUUAAAAUACCAGGAAUGUCUUUGGAUUUGUCAGGGUUAAAGGCGAAGAUUUCGUCAAAACUGGCUGGUAAUAAGAAUUCGGGGAAUAAGAAGUCAAAUGGAAAGAGAAAGGGUUCACAAAAUGCCGAGCAGCCUGCUAAAGAGAACUCUGAGAUAAAAGAGACGCUGCGCCGCGAGGCGCUGGAAUUGGGAGCUUCGGAACAAGAUUUGAAGCUGGUUGAAGGCUUGAGUGAUAACGAUGAUCUUAGUGCCCAGGAGUUUGGUGAAGAUGAGGGUAGUGCUGAGGUAGAUAAGGCUUUCCAGGACGAUUUACAGAAGAUGUUAAAGGGCAUGGGUUUCAGUAGUAUGAAGGAUGCAGGAAUUAUUGCAGACGAGGAGGUUGAAGUGGAGCAGCAAGAGGAAGAGGAGCCAGAAGCCGAAGAGGCUGAAGAGGCUGAAGAGGCCAAACAGGAGGAGAAAGAGGAGCCUGAUCUACUUAGUUCAGGCGAAGAAGACUCGAACCAGGACUCAGAACCGGAAAAUGAACAGCAAGAAAAAAAGAAAGACCUAGGAAUGAUUACUGAGACCCACUUUGUGACAAGUGACAAAUUGAUUGUUCCAGCAGACGUUGCAUGGCACCAGGUGCCUCUAGAUCCUGUCCUGAGCGAACCAAACGAGCCACUAAAACCAGAGCAGAUUGAGAAGCUAUACGAGAGGGCCAAGCUUGCCCUUGAGACUGAUAACUCUACAUACUAUGAGGAGUUCACAAAGAACUCGUCGCAGAGGAAGUUUAUGUCCCAAAUUUUGUCAGAAGGUACGUUGAACGAUAAGAUCUCUGCCAUAACGUUAUUGAUCCAGGAGUCGCCGUUGCAUAAUACCAAAUCGAUUGACACGAUGCUUGGAUUUUGUUCAAAGAAGUCUAGAAACUCUGCAUUGCAGGCCUUGAAUGCGAUAAAGGAUUUGUUGUUGAAUGGGCUCUUGCCAGACAGGAAGUUGAAGUACUUUAAACAACAAAAUCUAUCAAAUAUGCUAAAUAAACGCACCUUGGCAGUGCUGUAUUUCGAGGACUAUUUGAAAAAGACCUUCUUUAAGAUUCUGGAGAUCAUGGAGAAGCUAUCUCAUGAUCCUAUUAUCCACGUGAGAAUGCAGGUUCUAACCCACAUUUUUGACCUUUUGACUGCUAAGCCAGAGCAGGAAUUUAACUUGUUAAGGCUCGGAUGUAACAAACUGGGUGACAUUGAUAACAAGGUUUCAUCCAAGGCGUGCUUCAAGCUUUUGAGUCUGGAGCAAGCCCACCCUAACAUGAAAUCAGUCAUUGUUGACGCUGUGGUUGACAUUGCAUUAAAGCCCAACGCAGACUACCAUACCACAUACUACUCUGUGUUGACUUUGAACCAGACUAUUUUUAAGAAGUCGGAAACAGACUUGGCAAACAAACUAGUAAAGACGUAUUUCACUCUUUUUGAAAAGUUUUUAAUACAGACAGACGUUAACAAUAAGGACCAUCAGGACGAGGCUGCCAAGACUGACAAGUCAUAUGAACAGCGUAGAAAGAAGAAUUUCAAGAAGGGUAAAAAGGGUGGACGUUCUGUUAAGAACGAAAAAACUGCAGAAGAUGUUAUUGAAGAAACAAACGCAAAGCUCUUUAGCGCAAUCUUGACAGGUCUAAAUAGAGCUUUCCCAUUUGCAAACAUGUCUUCUAAGGUGUAUGAAGCUCACUUGGAUACCUUGUUUAAAAUCACCCAUUCUUGCAACUUUAACACUUCUAUUCAGGCACUUGUCCUUAUCCGCCAGGUCGUUACUAAAGCAGAGCUGAACCCAGAUCGUUACUACCGAACUCUGUACGAAUCUCUGCUCGAUCCGCAACUGGCCAACUCUUCGAAGCACGGUCUCUACUUGAACUUGCUCUACAAGUCUAUCAAGGAAGAUUCCAACAUAGCCCGUGUAGAUGCUAUGGUAAAGAGAUUAAUGCAUGUAUGCUUUAACUGGCUGAACGCCAGCGCCGUCGCAGGUAUGCUUUAUCUAGUGGUACAGCUGUCUAAACAUAUCCCCCAGAUUCGCAACCUGCUAAUAAACACUCCACUAGAUCACGAAUAUGCCUCUGAUAAUGACUCAUCAAGUGCUCCAACUAGCGAGCCAGUGCAGUACGAUCCUAGAAAACGUGAUCCUAGGUUUGCAAAUGCCGAAAAGUCAUCGCUAUGGGAAAUUAAUCAAUUUAUUUCUCAUUAUCAUCCCACCGUUCAGGCAUACGCAGAAGGCAUUUUAUCGAACAAGGAACUCGCAAAGCCUGAUUUAGGACUAUACACUUUAUCUCACUUCCUUGACAGAUUUGUUUAUCGUAAUGCUAAGCAAAAGCCCGUUACUCGAGGUUCAUCCAUUAUGCAGCCGCUUUCUGGAGCGCACACCGGGUCAUUACUUCUACGCACUUCCGAUACUAAUCAUUCGGUUGACAAUCUUCCCGCAAACUCUAUCGAUUGGCUCUCAAAGAAAAUAUCAGAGAUCAAACCCGAUGAGCGCUUUUUUCACCAGUACUUCUCGACCAAAGACGUCUCUAUUCGGAAACGCUCUGCCGCGUCGGGUGACGCUGACGCUGACAGUGACAUGAACGAAGACGAUGUCUGGGAAGCGCUGGUCAAAUCAAAACCAGAUGUGGAGGGAGAGGACACUGACAGCGAACUAAACUUCGACGACGAAGACUUUUCCUCCAUGGAUGACGACGAAAUUCAAGGAUUCUCCUCCGCGGAUGACGACGAUAACGAGGGCUUGAACGGGCAGAAAAGCCAAGCUGCUGACUCCGCUGAUGAAAAUGAUGAUGACAUAAAUUUCCUGUUAUUGUCUGAUGAUGAAAGCACCGAACCACGGAGUGAAAAUCAAGCAAUCGAAACUCACAGCCCAUCGGCCAUCGCUUCCCUCAAGCGUUCUAAAGACAAUAACAAUCAAGAGCCCGCAUCUGCACCUAACAAUAAGCGCCGAAAACGAACUGUUCUUGGUUCCUUACCUACUUUCGCAGACCAAGCAGAUUAUGCAAAAUACCUUUCGGAUAGUGAAUAA